GCUAAUUCUGUCUAAUCCAACACACAUCUGCCUAGAACCCACAACGUAGAGAGAGAGACGAGAGACGAGAGACGACGUCGUGGACGACGAUGAAGGAUGAUCAGAUCGCGUAGUUCGUUUGAAGAUGGUGAUAUCGUUCUCCACUCCAAGACCUGAAUAGCGUAGUUCGAUUGCGGAGAAGAAUAUCGUGUGGUAGCAAGAUCGUGGGAAUCUGUUCACCCGUGCUGGAUCGCUGCGUCUUCAAGCUUGUAGAGUUCCUGUCUUUCUUGGUGAAAGAUCAUUGAUUGCCUGAACAAUUGUUUAGCUGGAGUUGUCUGUCAGGAUCACUGAUUGUAGAAAUAAGAGCGAGCUCAAUCCUUGUUUCAGAAUCCUGGUUGAGAACUUCUAUUCUGUCUUUUGUAAUAGGUGGUGUACUGAAAUCAGCACAGAGUUUGUGCUUAUAAUGUUUCAGUAUGAUAUCAACUUUAUUUCACUUGGGGUGCUUGUACCAGUGUAGUUGGAAAAAUGGAGAGAAAUACCGGAAAAGGAAAUACGGAGCCACAUAAGCCCUAUGAGCAACUUCAAUACGGUUCCGUGGAACCUAGAAAUGAGGGACUUGGUUCUGCAAAUCAAAGAUUUUUUCAGGAUCCAUCUAAUUCCGUUAAUACUAAUGCGAGACCUCCGGAUUUCAAUAUUCCAGUUGGUGCCCGCCCUGUGCUGAAUUUUUCCAUUCAGACUGGUGAGGAGUUUGAAUUCAUGCGGAUGAAUUCAAGGCAGCAGCACUUCAUUCCAAAUCCUUCUGAUGAUUCUAAAACUGCAAUUAACUACACAGAGCUGAAGGGGGUAUUGGGAUUAAGUCAUGCGGGUUCUGAAAGCGGAUCGGAUUUUUCUACCAUUUCACCACUGGAAAAGGGCCGUAUCCAAGAGUCUGAAAGAAGGGGAACUUUUGUAACUGAAGACAAAGAGAACUACCAAUCCAUGCAAUCAGUACCUCAUACCUCAUCAAGAAAUGAAAGCCGUAAGGGUAGUAGUCAUGGUUUUACAUCAUCAGAACUUGUUUCUGAUGGCUCAUCAACAAAGGUCAAGAUUCUUUGCAGUUUUGGUGGUAAAAUCCUGCCGCGUCCCAGUGAUGGAAAACUUAGGUAUGUCGGAGGUGAAACACGAAUCCUUCGAAUAAGUAAGGGAAUUACUUGGGAGGAACUAAUGCAGAAAGCUGUGACCAUUUACAAUCAAGCCCGCAUAAUCAAGUAUCAGCUUCCUGGAGAGGAUCUUGAUGCAUUAGUAUCUGUUUCUUGUGAUGAGGACUUACAGAAUAUGAUGGAGGAAUGUAAUGUGCUUGAAGAUGGAGGAUCUCAGAAACUCAGGAUGUUUCUGUUUUCCAGCAGUGAUCUGGAUGAUUCUCAGAUGGAUCUGGGCAGUGUCGAGGGUGAUUCUGAAAUUCAAUAUGUAGUUGCUGUGAACGGCAUGGACCUAGGAUCAAGAAUGAACUCAAUUGGUUUGGGAAGUACUUCAGGAAACAAUUUGGAUGAGUUAUUGAAUUUGAAUGUGGAAAGGGAGACAGAGCGAGAAGCUGGUAAGCCCGUGGGGGUUGUACCUUCAGCUUUGACUGCUAGAAUGCCUUCUACAAAUAUUUCUGCUCAGCCGGUGGUCCCAACCACUUCUAGCGCAUAUGAAACCAAUUCACAAGCUUACAAUAAUCAGAUGGUGGAUCAUGCAGGGGAGCUGCAUACAUUGCCUUCUCUCCACCCUAGUACUGUGCCUUCAUCAAUCCCGCUGCAAUAUGGUAAUGUUAAUUAUCCCUCUACCUAUGCACCGGUUGUGGAAAAUUUAGUUCGGACACCUUUGCCUGGGCAGAUGACUGGAAAGGAAGGGCCAGGUCAGCGACCUGUAGAAAAAUUGCCUAGUUCAACAAAGGAGGAGAAAGUGAAAAGAGAUAGCCUAGUUGAACUUGAGAAAAAUCGUACUCUAGAGAAGGAAGUGCUUGUGAAAGAGGCAAAAAUUCAAAGAGACAGCUCAUUCCAGAAAAUGGGUGAACCGGGAAAGACAUCGACUUUGGAAAAGGAAUACACUGUCUCUUCGCAUCCACAUGACAGUUCUGUUCCAAAAAUUACCGCUAACAUGGGAGCGUUCUUGUUGCCUGCUGAAAAUCACAAGAAGCACGAUGAUUCCGUACGUAAUGCGUUUUCCUCCGGAGCUAUAAAUGAAGAGAACUCAAACAAGUCUGACAAUAAUGACCACUUUAAUGCAUCUGGAAAACCUUUUGCUCCCGGAUAUGGAGAAUUCAGGGUUGAUUCUGCUGAGUUAAGCCAUCUUGAACAGCAGGUGCUUCCUCAGAGAGUUUUUCAUUCUGAGAGGAUACCUAGGGAGCAGGCGGAAUUGAAUCGUUUGUCAAAAUCUGAUGAUUCUUUUGAUCCUCAGGUUCUUUUGAGUCAUGCACGUUCUGAUCUGUCACAGCAGAUUGUAGAAUCAGAGGAUAAGUUGAAUGAUAGGACUAUAGCUUCCCAAUUGGAGCAGUCUGUUUCAUCUCUGAAACCGCCAUUUAUGAAUCGAACUGUGGAAGAUAGACCCACACAAUCUCACAAGUAUCAUGAGGCAGCAGGUUAUGGUGACAAAAUAAGUUCAACGAUUCCUGAAGAGGGUUCUGAGUCGAAGUUUCAGAAUCCUGGGUUAAAGCCUUUAUUGCAUACACCAGUUAAUGGCCACGAAAGUGCUCGAGUUGUGAAUAGCUACCUAUAUCCGUCUGAUAUUGACAAAGAAACAUCUGCAAUUAAAAACCUGGUUGUAAGUCGCGCACCUUCUGGUAAACUCCUCGAAAAUUCUGCUUCUAGGUCACAAGUGUCUCAUAGGGGUGAUGCUGAAUCAUUUGCUCAGGGAGAUAACCCAGUUAGAGCUCCAUCUCUAGUGGAAUCCGCUAGUAUUGGUACUCCAGAGCAGGGGGAUAUCCUUAUUGAUAUCAACGACCGGUUUCCACCUGAUUUCUUGUCUGAUGUUUUCUCCAAGGCUAGAAAUGCUGAGGAUGAUGUUGGAAUCAAUCCGCUGCAUGGUGAUGGAACUGGCUUGAGCUUGAACAUGGAGAACCAUGAGCCUAAGCGUUGGUCAUUCUUCCAAAAGCUGGUCCAAAGUGAUUUUCACAGGAAAGAUGUUUCCCUUAUGGAUCAAGAUCACCUUGGUUCCUCACUGACAAAUAAAGAAAAUGGAGCUCCUAUAGAUUAUAGUUUUCCACCUUUGAGAAAUGAAGGAGCUGCCUUGGGUCGAAUGGAUGCCCAUGUUGAUUAUGAGGCUAAUUUUCAGCCUCCGUCAUCUAGUGCAGUUGGGCCUACCAGCAUGACUCUGCAUCCAGAAAACAGUCAGUUUAGUGGCAAUCAAAGCUCACAGUUCGAGGGUUUGGUUAACCCCAAAUCACCAGAAUCUGAUAUUAAGGAUGGGAAGGUAGAGGUGCCUCAAGCUCCCCUUGUAGAUCUUUCUCCGGACGAAGUUGAUCUCAGUACCUUGCAGAUCAUCAAGAAUGAGGAUCUUGAAGAGUUGAGAGAAUUGGGUUCUGGGACUUUUGGGACUGUCUAUCAUGGAAAAUGGAGGGGAACAGACGUUGCUAUUAAACGGAUAAAGAAAAGCUGUUUUACAGGGCGUUCAUCUGAGCAAGAGAGACUGGCGGCAGAGUUCUGGCAUGAAGCUGAUAUUCUCUCAAAGCUUCACCAUCCCAAUGUGGUCGCAUUUUAUGGGGUGGUGCAGGAUGGACCAGGAGGAACUCUUGCCACUGUAACAGAAUACAUGGUGAACGGCUCUCUUAGACAUGUUUUAGUUAGCAAGGAUAGACAGCUUGAUCGUCGCAAGCGGCUCAUAAUUGCAAUGGAUGCGGCAUUUGGAAUGGAGUAUUUACAUUCAAAGAAUAUCGUGCAUUUUGAUUUGAAAUGUGAUAACCUCCUGGUUAACUUGAAAGAUCCUUCACGGCCCAUUUGCAAGGUUGGUGAUUUUGGUUUGUCAAAAAUUAAAAGGAAUACAUUGGUUACCGGGGGUGUUAGGGGAACCCUUCCAUGGAUGGCUCCAGAGCUGUUAAAUGGUAGCAGCAGUAAGGUUUCUGAAAAGGUUGAUGUGUUCUCCUUUGGUAUUGUCCUAUGGGAGAUUCUCACUGGUGAGGAGCCUUAUGCAAAUAUGCAUUAUGGAGCGAUCAUAGGGGGUAUUGUAAAUAACACACUGAGGCCACCCGUGCCUGUUUACUGUGACCAUGAAUGGAAAUUGCUUAUGGAGCAGUGUUGGGCCCCCGAUCCUUUUGUACGUCCAUCGUUUACAGAAAUUGCCGGACGGUUACGUCUGAUGUCAGCUAUGUGCCAAACAAAACCACAGGGCCAUCCAUCCGGCGCAAAACCAGGUAUCCAAGUAGUGUAGUUGGGUGCUCCGCCAAGGAAUGUUGCUUUUCAAAUGUAUUAUGAGCUAUAAUAGGAAGUUAUCGAUCACAUUAUACUGGUAAAGGUGGUUUGUACAAUAUGCGUUGGGAGAAUGGGCUCCCUUUGAAACUGAGGUUAUACGUCGUUGGUUUGGGAUUGUCAAUGAGGAGUAUAUAUAUAUUUUAUUGUGUAAAAGCUGAAGAAAUUAUUACUGUGUGUAAAGCUAUUAUUUGUAUCUGUUGAAAAUAUCAAAUACAAGUCUGGAACCUUGGUCCUUCCCACAA